AUGGCACCAAAAGGUAGAGGUGGACGAAUGGUACGAAACACUCGUAUCGAUCAAUCUCAACUUUCCUCGCGUAGGCCAGGUCAACAGAAUGAUAAUAACGAUGAACCUCAUCUUACACAAUUGAAUGAGGGAUCAGCAUCACAACCAUCUCCACAAGCUUUAUCACAACCGUCACCACAAUUAGAUGGUGUGAAUUCGUCUGACGGAUCUGUUUUAGACGCAGAAGAAAAUGAGCUACCUAAUGUUGGACAAUCAAGUGCACAUACUGAAACUAGGGGUAACAGGAAGUUGGUAAUAGCUGUAGAGAAAGGCGAUAACCCGAAGAGAUUUACAAAUCAUACAGUAACUCGUGACAUUACAAAAGAUUUGUUAAGUAGGAUGCCUUCUCCAGCGCCAAGAUGGCAGGAUUAUUGUCCAAACAUGAAGGACGAGUUGUUUAAAGGUUUCCUGGAAAAACAUGAAUUUGCAUCAAAUUAUGAUAAGGCUAUGGCAAGAACUGUUUGGAAUAGGACAAUGCUUGAUCGCUAUCCAGAUAUUUUGAAAAGAGCAAGGGAAAGAGCUUUUAAGGAGGCAAACUCAACUAGUAUUGCUGACAUUAAGGGUCAUGGACCUAAAGCAAUGAAAGUUGAUGUUUGGAAUGGCUUAGUUGAUCACUGGUUAGAUUCAAAGUGGAAAAAUAGGUCUGUGGCUGGUCAAAAAAAUAGGGCUGCUAUGCCUGCUCAUAAACUACACACUGCAGGGUCUAUCAGUUUCGGCGAACACAAGAGAAGAAAGGAAGCUAAAUUGAAGCGUCGUGUAUCUUUCCUUGAAGUAUAUGAUGAUGUUCAUAAGAAGAAAAUUGGAGAAUAUGUUUCUGAAGUAUCCAAGGAAAUUAUUGAUUUAUAUGGAGAGGCAAUAUCACAAAAAUAUGGAGAAGAUUUAUUAGAUCAACCUGAAGUUGAUCCUGACGUGUGGACAGAAGUUGCAGGAACCAAUAAGAAAGGACGAGUUCAUGGGUUAGGCCGCAGUCUAGAUAUUGGUAUUCGUGAUCAUAGAGAUGUGCCAUUACCAGAAGAUACAAGUGUUUCUACAGUCAAACCGGUUUCACAAGCGGACAUCACUCAAGCUAUUAAAGAAGCAUUGCCUAGUGCUAUAAAUGAAGUGUUGCCUAGUGUUGUAAAUGAAGCUAUACAGAGUAAUCUACUGUCUCUCCUUUCUAAGAUUCCAGGAUUCCCCCAAGAAAAGGACUAUUAG